AUGCGCUCAAAAGCACUCAUUGUUACGGUGCUGGCCACCCUGGGCAAUGCCCACGAAGAUCACGAAACUGGAUGCGGGCAGUACGAACUGACUGACGACCUAACUUACAAAAACUUCUUCUCCGCCUUUGACUUUUUCGACGGCCCAGAUCCGACCACAGGAUUUGUCAAAUAUCAAAACAAGGAAUGUGCGAUCAAGCAGGGUCUGGUUGGCUACCUCGAGGACACACAGUCUGUGUUCAUGGGUGUUGACUUUACGACCAAGGAUACUGCUGGCCGCGCUUCUGUUCGCCUUGAGAGCAAGAAAAGUUGGAAUCACGGACUGCUAGUGGCCGACAUCCGUCAUAUGCCUGCGUCACAGUGUGGGUCUUGGCCGGCCUUUUGGCUUUUGUCAUCUUCAGCGGAUUGGCCUCAAGGUGGAGAAGUCGACAUCCUUGAGGGUGUUAACGACUACGAAAGUAACUCGGUCACUUUGCAUACUUCUACGGGUUGCAUGGUCGACAACUCGACUUCAGCUCGAGGAGGAUCCGGUGCGGCCGGCGACAUCAAUGCGGCACCAUUCACUGGUCUCAUGUCUACGGACGACUGUGAUGUCGCUGCAUCAGGCCAACUCAAGAAUGUCGGUUGUUCCAUUCACGCUCCCGGCAUCAUGUCUGGUAUCCCAAAUGGUGGUAGCGGUAACACUGACACCAGCGGUGCUGCACCGUUCCCCUCGUACGGUACGGAGUUCAACAAUGCUCAAGGUGGUGUCUAUGCUAUGGAAUGGACUACCACCAGCAUCUCAGUUUGGUUCUUCCCCCGCGACUCCCCAGGCUUCACAGAAAGUUUCUCUUCCAACGCCACUGCUCCCAAUCCAUCAGCCUGGGGCACACCUAUAGCGCACUUUGGUGGUUCCGGUUGCGACUUUUCUGGGCGCUUCAAGGAUCUCAGGAUCACCUUUAAUACCGCUUUUUGCGGUGAAUGGGCAGGAGCCGAGUGGGACAAGUCUUGUGCGAAAAAGACUGGGGUUGCUACUUGUAAUGCGUAUGUCCGAGAUAACCCGGAGGUUUUUAAGGAGGCGUACUGGGAAGUCGCUGGGUUGAAGUGGUUUCAGAAGGGUGCUGCGCAGAAUAGGGAUAACGUUGCGCCAUUACCGAAGCGUGACAGUGUUGCUCAUGCUCCGGUGAUCAAUCUUAAAGUGAAGGAUACAUGGUUUUCUUGA